AUGAUGGUGUGGUGCCGCUCAGCCGUGUGCAGAGCCCUGGCUCUCCUGGCACUCCUGGGCCUCCUGCUUCCCAUCCGACAGGGGGGUUGCUCGGGGCCCGACGGGGGCGGCGGCUCUGGGGACCGGGAUGACUCUCCGCGCUCAGGUGCGACCCCCCAGGGGGCCCUGAACAGGCACAGGCGCAGCUGGGUAUGGAACCAGUUCUUCGUGCUAGAGGAGUUCACGGGAAACGAGCCACUCUACGUCGGAAAGCUCCACUCGGAUGUAGACAAGGGCGACGGCAAGGUGAAGUAUGUGCUAUCGGGCGAGGGCGCCACUUCAAUCUUCACCAUUGAUGAGAACACUGGAGACAUCCACGCUACCAAGCGUCUGGAUCGCGAAGCUCAGGCCUACUACACACUUCAAGCCCAAGCCGUGGACCGACUCAGCAACCUGCCGGUCGAGCCCCGCUCUGAGUUUGUGGUCAAAGUUCAGGACAUCAACGAUAACGAACCCAAGUUCCUCGACGGUCCUUACUUUGCCGGAGUGCCAGAGAUGUCACCGCUUGGAACGAUGGUGGUGCAAGUGGCGGCCACAGACGCUGACGACCCCACGUACGGGAACAGCGCCAGGGUGGUGUACAGCAUCGUGCACGGGCAGCCAUACUUCUCAGUGGAGCCCAAGACAGGUGUCAUCAGGACGGCUUUACCUAACAUGGACCGCGAGACCAGAGACCAGUACGUGCUGGUCAUCCAGGCAAAGGAUAUGGUGGGUCAGAUGGGUGGACUAUCGGGAACAACGUCCGUCACCGUCACGUUAACUGACGUCAAUGACAACCCGCCUCGCUUCCCUCACAAGGUCAACCAGUACACAGUCUUGGAAUCACUUCCCGUGCAGUCCGUGGUAGCCCGAAUAAAGGCGACUGACGCCGACAUUGGACCCAACGCCGAGAUGGACUACCAGUUAAUGGACGGGGACGGUCCUGGUGUAUUCAACAUCACAACAGAUGAGAACACACAGGAGGGAGUUGUUCUUCUUCUUAAGCCUCUGGACUUUGAAACCAAGAGCAGCUUUUCUCUACGUGUGGAGGCCACUAACAGGAACAUCGACACCAACUUCCUGAACUUGGGCCCGUUCAGCGACACCACCUCGCUAAAGGUGACGGUGGAGGACGUGGACGAAGUGCCCGUCUUCGCCACGCCGCUCAGCAAGAUGUCCGUCUCCGAGGACGCCCGGGUGGGCACGUCUAUCGGGAGGGUGUCAGCGCACGAUCCGGACACCUCCAACAACGGCAUCAGGUACUCCAUCGACCGUAACACGGACAUGGAACGCUUCUUCAAUGUGGAUGCCCUAAGCGGGGUCGUCAGUACUGCCAAACCUUUAGACCGCGAGGCUAAUUCGGUGCACAACCUUACCAUCUUGGGAAUCGAGAGCCAGGACCCCAACCAAAUCGGCAAAGGCCUAGCCAUCAUCACCGUGCUUGACGUCAACGACAAUGCGCCCGUCUUCGCCAUUGACUAUGAGACCCUCUUGUGUGAAAACGCCAUGCCGGGAACGGUGAUCCAGACAGUCAGCGCCAUAGACAAGGACGAGCCUCAGAAUGGCCACCGCUUCUUCUUCUCGCUUGACACCGCCGUGGCAGGAAAUCUCAACUUCACAUUGCGGGACAACAAAGAUAACACUGCAUCCAUACUGACUAAACGAGGCGGCUUCCGUCGACGAGAACAGCCCGUGUACCGCCUCCCAGUACUGAUCCAGGACAGCGGCAGCCCGGCCCAGAGCAGCACCAACACGCUGUCUGUGCGCGUAUGCGAGUGUGAUGCCGACGCCGUGCCCCAGUCGUGCGGCGCCGUGGCCUACACGGCCACCGGCCUGAGCACCGGCGCCCUUUUGGCCAUUUUGGGAUGCAUCCUCACGCUGCUAGUGAUGGUCCUGCUCAUCGUUACCAUGCGUCGUCGGCGGAAGGUUCCGCUCAUCUUAGAGGAAGAGCGAGACAUCCGAGAGAAUAUCGUCCGCUACGACGACGAAGGCGGCGGCGAGGAGGACACGGAGGCUUUCGAUAUGGUCGCGCUGCGCAACCUCAACGUCAUCAGAGACCCCAGCGUUCGGCGUGACGUCACCCCAGAUACACCGACCUUUUUUCACUACACGUCAAGCGCGGCGGCGACCCGUCCGGCGUACAAGUCGCUCCCGGACAACGUGGUGUUCCGGGAGUUCAUCUGGGAGCGGCUCAAGGACGCUGAUGUGGACCCGUCGGCACCGCCCUACGAUUCGCUGCAGACGUACGCCUUCGAGGGCAGCGGCUCGGUGGCCGACUCACUCAGCUCGCUGGAGUCGCUCAGCACCGACUCGGACCAGAACUACGACUACCUUAGCAACUGGGGGCCGCGUUUCAAGAAGCUAGCCGACCUGUACGGGAACGCGGACGGCGCCGGAGGCGUCAGCGGAGGUGGGGCUGUCUUCUCGUAG